CAGAACGGAAGAAGUCCUCAGAAUCUGAGAAACUCACCUCUGAACACAAACUCACCUUCUACACUUGACACCAUGUGCUGCUCCCCUUGCUGCCAAUCCAGCUGCUGUGGAUCCAGCUGUUGCCGGCCCAGCUGCUGCUGCCGCCCCUGCUGUGUAUCCAGCUGCUGUCAGCCUUGCUGCCGCCCCUGCUGUGUGUCCAGCUGCUGCCAGCCUUGCUGCCGCCCAUGCUGUGGGUCUAGCUGUUGCCAACCUUGCUGCCGCCCCUGCUGUGGGUCUAGCUGCUGCUGCCAGCCUUGCUGCUGCCCAACCUGGUGUCAGACCACCUGCUGUAGGACCACCUGCUGCCGGCCCAGCUUCUGCUGCCGCCCAUGCUGUGUGUCCAGCUGCUGCCAGCCUUCUUGCUGCUGAUUGCCCUGACUUAAGAGUCACCACCUGCACACAACACCUACUGUGAACUGACUUGCAAUUUUGGAAAUAAAUUCCCUUACAAAUGUUGCUGAAAGCCAGCAUGUGGUCACCAACAUUUUUGUGACUCAUUUGCCUGUUAGCAAGUGUAUGAAUCCCCCCGACAGGGUGCAGUGGACAUCCCCGAUUCUUUUCUUACGUCUUGUGGACCAUGUGCCAGCUUCGUGCAUCCUCACUAUGGAGUGUGACCUACGAGUAAUUUAGGAAAUCAAACUCUCAUUACUUCUUCGUGGAUUUCUGCUGCUGGUCUUCAUAAUCAUGUUUCUUUCUCAGUGUACUCAUGGUUCUUAUAUCCUGCUGUUUUAUUUCCAUGAUCACUUUGAAUUGUCUCUGUA